AUGCCGCCGCGCGUGACGCGCCCCGAGGCCAAUGCAGAGGUUUUCAAGGCCCCCCUACCCCGUCAGAACCGGAAAGUGCUGCCUACAUUGACCCUUGAUCGGUUCGACCAGCAGGUCCUGGGCGGCCAGCUGUGGCUGCCGGCCUGCUCCAGCCUGGCGCCGCCCCCCACAUCCAUCCCGCUGGAGUUCGAUGGCGUGGAGGAGUACGUGUCUGUCAUGGAGCCGCUGGUGCUGGCGGAAGCGCGGGAGUCGCUGCGCGGUGAGUGGGCCGAGGCCUGCGCGUCCGGCGCAGCGCUGUCCGUCACCGUGGCGGGCUUGGAGCACCUGGAGGGCGGCUGGGCCCGGCUCAGACUGGCGCCCCACGGCCCCGUCGCCGCCGACAAGCUGCGCUACGCCGCCACGCCCGGGCGCGUGGCGGAGCUGAGGCAGCGGCUGUGGCCGCCUGCAGCCCGCACGCCGGCCUUCAUCCGGCACCUCCAGCAGCAGUAUGACUACAGCCAGCUGGUGGCGAUCGAGAUGGCGGCCUGUCACCUGGGAGGCGGCGGUCCGGAUGCUCACGGGACGGUGGCGGCGCCUCCCCUGCCCUUCACCCUCAUCCAGGGCCCGCCUGGGACGGGGAAGACGCACACCGUCAAGGGGGUGCUCAAUGUGUGGCACCUUGUGGCCUACCAGGCCUACUUUGACGGCCUCAUCGCUGCGGCGCUGCCCGGCACCGCACCCACAGCCCCGCGCCCCGCGCCGGCCAGCUGCCUGAACAAUGCCGGCAGCAACCUUGUGGAGGCCCUGAGCACCGACCUCCUGUCGGGGCUGGGCGCGGCUGUGGUGAAGACGCGGCCGCGCAUCCUGGUUUGCACGCCCUCCAACGCCGCAUGCGACGAGCUGCUGGCCCGCGUCAUGGCCCAGGGCUUUUGCGACGGCAGCGGCGGGCGCUACUCGCCCAACGUCGUGCGUGUGGGUGCCGAUGUGGACGGCGUCAUCUCGCCGGCGGUGCGCGGCCGCUCCAUCGGCCGCCUGGUGGACCAGCACCGGACCAUGAUCCAGAGCGACUGGCAGCGCCGCUUCGCCGACGCCUCACGCCGACGCCAGCACGCCGGCCGCGAGAUCGAGCUGCUGGAGGCCGCCCUGACGCGCUGCGCCGACGAGGCGGAGCGGAUGGAGCUGGCCAAGGCACGCACCGAGAGGGGGGGCGGGGGGGCGGGGUCAGGGGGCAUCAGGGGAUGUUUUAGUCGGCUGAUCGACAGGUACCAGGUCCGGCUCCGCUUCUCCCAGGAUCUGGAGAGACUGGAAGCUGCACGCACCCUGGUCUGGGGCGCGCGGGAGGAGUGGCGUGUGCGAGAGGCCGAGCAGGCGAUCGAGACCAGCCUGCUGCUGGAGGCAGAGAUGGUGUUCACCACCCUCUCCUCCACCCAGCGCAAGAUUUUCCAGCUGGCUGCCGCCCAAGUGCCGUUUAGGACGGUGCUCAUUGACGAGGCGGGGCAGGCCUCGGAGAUCGCGGCCCUGCAGCCGCUGGGAUUUGGCGCCGAGAGGGUGGUGCUGGUGGGCGACCCGCAGCAGCUCCCCGCCACCAUCCUGUCAGAGCUGGGUCGCGAGAUGGAGAUGGAGCGGUCCCUGUUUGAGCGCCUGCAGCGCUGCGGCGCCCCUGUCAGCAUGCUGAGCGUGCAGUACCGCAUGCACCCCGCCAUCCGCCAGUUCCCAUCGGCCUACUUUUACAAUAACAAGCUGGAAGAUGCAGCGUCUGUGCUUGAGAGACCCGACGAGCCGUACUAUGCGCACCCACUCAUGAAGCCCUACGUGGUAUUUGAUGUGGCUCGGGGUCAAGAACAGCGCGCCCGGGCAGCCACCGGAUCCGUCAGCAACCUGAUCGAGGCCGAGCUGGCUGCGGCCCUGUUCCACGAGCUCCGUGCUUUCCUCAUCACCACGGCCAAGGAGAACCCCGGCGAGAUCAGGGGACCGACGAGUGUGGGUGUCAUCACCCCUUACCGAGAACAGCGGGCCCUCCUGCGCAAGGUCUUCCAAGAUGUGGUGGGCAAGGUUGCAGCCGCAGAGGUGAUGAUAGAGACAGUCGACUCCUUCCAGGGCAAGCAGCUAGACGUUGUCAUCUUCUCCUGCGUGCGCGCCGGCAGCGGCGGAGGCCUCGGUUUCAUCACGGACGUGCGGCGCCUCAAUGUCGCCAUCACGCGGGCCAAGCGGGCAAUGUGGAUCUUGGGAGCCGUGGGGAAGCUGCGAGCUGAUGCCGCCUGGGGCGCCCUCAUCCGGGACGCCGAGGCGAGAGGGGUCGUCAUCCAGGACGCGGAUGCCAACUCCCUUUUUCCCGACAUGGAGUACUGGCAGCGCAAGGCGGCGGGCACCCCCGCGCCACAGGACCAGGCACCGACGGCCCACCCCGCGGGGCCUUGCCUGCCGCGCCAGUUUCCCGCCAUCCCCAGCCGACGAUAG